GCGGAGUGGGGGCGGGGCUUUUGUGCCCGGCGUCCCCGCCCCGCCCGGACCCCCGGCUCGCGCCGCGCCUGGGUCUCUCCUGGGUCACCGGCGGGGAAUCCGUCCCCGCGCGCUUCCUCCUUCCUCCUCCUCCCGGCUGCCUGCCGGGCCCCUCCUCCCGGCUCGCGCGCUCCCUCCCUCCUCUUCCCCUCCCCGGGCCGCCGCCGCCUCCUCCUCCUCCUCCUCCCUUUCUCUCUCGAUCUGUCUCUCCCGGCCCGGAAUCCAUUCCGGCCUGGGAGCCGGAGCGGCCAGGCCGCCGUCUGCCCGACCCGCUGACGGUCCCGCGGUCCGCCCUCCAGUGCGUCCGUCUGCCGGUGCGUCUGCCCGCCUGCCCGCCUGCCUGCCGGCCCAGAACGAAGACAGAGGCUCAGAGAAGUGAAGCAACUUGCCCAGCGAUGAGAGACAGAGCCAGGAUUUGAAACCAGAGACGGUGUUUCACCAUAUUGCACAGGAUGGUCUGAAACUUCUGGGCUUUAGCAAUCUGUCUGCUGCAGCCUCCCAAAGUGCCAAGAUUACAGGUGUGAGCCACCACACCCAGCCCUCUUUUUCUAAGCUAAUUGUAUUGCUCCUGGCCUGCUCUCUGCCUUUGGAAGAGGUAGACAUGAUGUUCUGCUGAAUCAGGAAGGAAGGGGCUGGUGUGUAGUGGCUGAACAGCAGUGUGUUCUGAGCAUCUGUGAGCCGGAAGAUGAGGAUGCUGAGGCCCAGAGAGGGGCAGCCACUUGCCUAGGGACACACACAGCGGAGAGAGGUGGAGCAGACCCUCUAGUUUGAGACCGCUAACUCCACACCUGGUGUUUGUGCCAAGACCCCAGGCUGUCUCCCAGGUCCUCUGGGACAGCCCCUGCCUUCUACCAGCCAGGACCAUGGGCAGCAACAAGAGCAAGCCCAAGGAUGCCAGCCAGCGGCGCCGCAGCCUGGAGCCCUCCGAGAACGCGCACGGAGCCGGCGGGGGCGCUUUCCCCGCUUCGCAGACCCCCAGCAAGCCAGCCUCGGCCGACGGCCACCGCGGUCCCAGCGCGGCCUUCGCCCCCGCGGCCGCCGAGCCCAAGCUGUUCGGAGGCUUCAACUCCUCGGACACCGUCACCUCCCCGCAGAGGGCGGGCCCGCUGGCCGGUGGAGUGACCACCUUUGUGGCCCUCUAUGACUAUGAGUCUAGGACGGAGACAGACCUGUCCUUCAAGAAAGGCGAGCGGCUCCAGAUCGUCAACAACACGAGGAAGGUGGAUGUCAGCCAGACCUGGUUCACAUUCAGAUGGCUGCAAAGAGAGGGAGACUGGUGGCUGGCCCACUCGCUCAGCACGGGACAGACAGGCUACAUCCCCAGCAACUACGUGGCACCCUCCGACUCCAUCCAGGCUGAAGAGUGGUAUUUUGGCAAGAUCACCAGGCGGGAGUCAGAGCGGCUACUGCUCAACGCGGAGAACCCGAGGGGGACAUUCCUAGUGCGGGAAAGUGAGACCACGAAAGGUGCUUACUGCCUCUCAGUGUCCGACUUCGACAACGCCAAGGGCCUCAACGUGAAGCACUACAAGAUCCGCAAGCUGGACAGCGGCGGCUUCUAUAUUACCUCCCGCACCCAGUUCAACAGUCUGCAGCAGCUGGUGGCCUACUACUCCAAACAUGCCGACGGCCUGUGCCACCGCCUCACCACUGUGUGCCCCACGUCUAAGCCACAGACUCAAGGCCUGGCCAAGGAUGCCUGGGAGAUCCCUCGGGAGUCACUGCGGCUGGAGGUCAAGCUGGGCCAGGGCUGCUUUGGCGAGGUGUGGAUGGGAACCUGGAAUGGCACCACCAGGGUGGCCAUCAAAACCCUGAAGCCUGGCACCAUGUCUCCGGAGGCCUUCCUGCAGGAGGCCCAGGUCAUGAAGAAACUGAGGCAUGAGAAGCUGGUGCAGCUGUACGCCGUGGUUUCGGAGGAGCCCAUCUACAUUGUCACGGAGUACAUGAGCAAGGGGAGUUUGCUGGACUUUCUCAAGGGGGAAACGGGCAAGUACCUGCGGCUGCCUCAGCUGGUGGACAUGGCUGCUCAGAUCGCCUCUGGCAUGGCAUAUGUUGAGCGGAUGAACUACGUCCAUCGGGACCUUCGUGCAGCCAACAUCCUGGUGGGAGAGAACUUGGUGUGCAAAGUGGCCGACUUCGGGCUGGCUCGGCUCAUCGAAGACAAUGAGUACACAGCCCGGCAAGGUGCCAAAUUCCCCAUCAAGUGGACGGCUCCGGAAGCUGCCCUCUAUGGCCGGUUCACCAUCAAGUCGGAUGUGUGGUCCUUCGGGAUCCUGCUGACGGAGCUCACCACAAAGGGGCGGGUGCCCUACCCUGGGAUGGUGAACCGAGAGGUGCUGGACCAGGUGGAGCGGGGCUACCGGAUGCCCUGCCCGCCCGAGUGUCCUGAGUCCCUGCACGACCUCAUGUGCCAGUGCUGGCGGAAAGAGCCUGAGGAGCGGCCCACUUUCGAGUACCUGCAGGCCUUUCUGGAGGACUACUUCACGUCCACUGAGCCCCAGUACCAGCCUGGAGAGAACCUCUAGGCACGGGCGGGCCCAGACUGGCUUCUCGGCUUGGAUCCUGGGCUGGGUGGCCCCUGUCUUGGGGCUCGCCCUGCUCUGCCUGCCUGCUGUUGGUCCUCUCUCUGUGGGGCUGAAUUGCCAGGCUCGAGGCCCCUCCCUCUUUGGCGGCAUGGAAGGGGCUUCCGGACCUAGGGUGGCCUGAGAGGGCGGCAGGCGUGUGAGACCAGCACAGUGACUGUCCAGCGCCCACUCUAGCCACACGCCCCUCCUUGCACUCCCUCCUGGAGCUCUGUGGGUCUCUGGAGGAGGAACCGGGAGAAGGGCUGGGGCCGGGCCUGAGGAUGGCCUUUUCCAGCCUCAGCCUACUCCACUCACUGAACUCCUUGCCCACUUCCGUGCCACCCCCAAUCUGUCUCGAGAGCUGGCCAAAGAGCCUUUCCAAAGAGGAGCGAUGGGCCCCUGGCCCCGCCUGCUCACCAUCCUGCCCCUUGCCAUCCAUUCUGGAAACACCUGUAGGCAGAGGCAGCCGAGAUGGAUCCUCUGCCGCUGCUCCCAGGCUGGGCAGUAGGAUGAGUACCCCUCAAACCCUGCCUCCUUAGACCUGAGGCACCUUUGGAGAUCAUCACUUCCUUGCCCCCAUUUCACUGAUGGGGAGACAGUCGAGAGAGGGGAUGUGACGUGUCCAAGGCCACAGAGCAGUUCAGAGUGGAGGCGGCUUGGAACCGGUGCUCCCUCUGUCUUCCUCAGGAACCAACAGUUCGUGGGAGGCAUCACGAAAAGACUGGGACAACCCAGGGGACAAGGGAUCUGAGGAUGCGUUCGAGAUGGCAGAAUCGCACUGCCGCUGCCUGCUCGGCCGGGCUGUUGGGGAACAGCAUGGAGGCAGAUGUGGGUCUGAGCUGGGAGUCAGGGUGAAAGGUGCAGGUGUGGAGAGAGAGGCUUCAAUCAGCUUGUGGGUGAUUUUUAACCUUCAGAGCCAGCUGGCCACAAAAGGGAGUGAGCCCCUGGGCCCUGGAGGCAAUCAAGCAGAAAUAGAAGAGCCAAGAGUCCUUGAGGCCCUGGUCCUGGCCUCCUUCCCCCACUUCGUCCUGUGGCAUUUCAACUCCUGGCCCUGUUCUUCUCCCCAAGUUGGCACCCUUUAACUCAUGAGUAGGGAGAGGUGUGCGUGGCAGGGGUGAAAGAGGAUGUGUUACCCACUGUCAUGCACGAGGACUGGCUGUGUGACCUUGGGUGGCCCCUGCUUUCUUUCUGAGCUGCAGUGUCUGCCGCACAUGUGGCCACGGCCUCUGCAACUGCUCAGCUCCAGUGCAGACCCUGUGGCAGGACAUCCAUGGUGAGCCCAGCCCAGACAUCAGAAGAUGGGGCUCUCUCUGUUCAGCCUUAGGGUAUGUGGUGGCUUCUCCCAGGGCCUCAGUAUGCCCACCUGUAAAGGGGCAGUUGACAGUGUGUGGCAUCUUGCCAAGGGUCCCUGUGUGUGUGUAUGUGUGUGCAUGCGUGCGUGUCUCCAUGUAUGUCCGUAUUUAAUGUGUAAAAACACCCCCCUGCUCCAUCCCCCAGACAUUGUACAUUUCACCAUGGCCCCCCCCAUCAUAGCAAUAAUGUUCCCACUGCCAGGGGUUCUUGAGCCAGCCAGGCCCUGCCAGUGGGGAAGGAGGCCAAGCAGUGCCUGCCUAUGAAAUUUCAACUUUUUCUUUCAUACAUGUUUAUUACCCAAGUCUUCUCCCAUCCAUUCCAGUCAAAUCUGGGCUUACUCACCCCAUCGAGCUCUCAGAUCCCUCUCCAACUGCCCAGGGCCCUUUGUGUAAGGUGUCUUAAUACUGUCUUUUUUUUUUUUAAGUGUUUUGUAGAUUUCAGAUGACUAUGCAGAGGCCUGGGGGGCCCCAAAUUCUAAGGCCUAGGCUUGGGGGGGUGGGAGGAUCCAGAAUUCGUUGUAAAUACUUUGCAUAUUGUCUGAUUAAACACAAACAGACCUCAGA